AUGUUUUUACAAGUGGCCGCGUUGUGUCUGUUGGCGGUGAGCGCUCAUGCACACUCUGCGGCGGUGUCGCAUGUGUCGCGAGUGGACCACCACAAGCAUGGUCACGACCACCAUGACGUGAAGAUCCACCACCCCGUGCACCACCACGACCACCAUGACCAUGGUCACCACGGACACCACGAUGAUGGACACCACGGUCACCAUGAUGGACACCACGGACACGACGAACACCACCACUGGGAUCAUGAACGUCACCACCCCUCUUACAAGUUUGAGUACUCGGUGAAGGACCACCACACGGGCGACCACAAGUCGCAGCACGAGCACCGCGACGGUGACCACGUGAGCGGCUCCUACUCCCUGGUGGAGCCUGAUGGCAACGUGCGCUCUGUUCAUUACACCGCUGACGACCAUCACGGUUUCAGAGCUGAUGUUCACCACAAGACGGCUCACCACCACAUCAUCCCCCAUCACCAUCAUGACCAUCAUCAUGAUCAUGGUCACCACCAUUAA